GAAGUUAAUACUCUCACAUACUUGUAUGCCUAUGUAUGUAUGUACGUACGCAUAAGUAUUACCCCAGAGUUAUUACAAAAUCAAGCUCAAUGAUAGCAGCGAUGACAACAAUAAUAAAGAACAUUAAAACAGCAACUAGAACCCACCAUUAAAUAAAGGAAAAAUAAUAACAAAGACACCAACAAACGAGUGAACCAGAAACCGACGAGCUAGCUCGCAACUCAGAGCAACCGCAGAGAUAAAGCAAAAACAACGGAAGUGCCUCGCAGAGUAGAAAAGUUGGAGGAGAGUAAAUGUAAUAGUAUACUCGGAUUAUGCGAUGGUAGAGGCAGUAAAAGCAGCCAGCAACGUCAAUGGAGGAGGCAUAGAAUCCACUAGCAACGGCUGCAGCAGCCGAAGCGCUUAAAACUUAGAAUUCGAGGAGGUGAUGGAAAGAAAGCGGAAGGAAGUGUGAUGGCUAAGGCGUUGGACAAAGCCGGGGAAGCAAAAUGUAGUGAUCGCAUUUCGGGAGGUAUAAAGAAUCUAAGCGAGUAAACAAAUUAAAGCGCUGACUAGAAAGUGGAACAGUUAGAGAGGCGAUAAAAAAGUUAAACCCAAAAAAGUAAACAAAUUAGGAAAUUUUCAAAGCAAAGGUGCUCAAAGCGAAGAUAUGCGGAUAAUUUGCUUAGAUUAACCCAAUCCAUCCAUUAGAAAAAGGAAAAUAUUUAAAAAAUACAAAACUUAGAGAAGCUGAAGCGUAAUGUGGCAAGUGAGGGCGAAUUGCAAAAAACAAGCUAUUAAGGCCAGGAAGCAAAGAUAAAAGACUAAAAAACAACAAAGUGACACCAAAGAGGAAUAUGUCAAAGUAAGGCGAUAAGCAGAUGCUGGAUACACAGAUAUGUAUGCUAUGUAUGGGUGUGCAGUGAGUGGCACGAAAGCAAGCGAAAUUCCAAAUAAACCAUAAAAAUAACACAAACAACAAAAAACCAAAAAUCAUUGGAAAAGUGAACGCAUCAGGCAGGCAAGCAGCAUAUUGCGGCCACCCCAAUCACACUCAAUCUGCACAAACAGGCGGCAUUGAAAGGAUUGAAGCACUAAAAAAAAGAGUAGCGGAAGCGGGCGCGGGCGCUGAUUGACAGCGCGCCAGCGGAAGUAGUCAUACGAUCCGCAAAAUGAAGGGAUUAAUUUUUAGUCAAAAAGCAAACAAGCGACGACGGCGAAAAAAUGUUAAAAGCAGCCAAACGCCAACGGGCAGCAUAGCAUUGGCCAGGCGCCGCGUGAAAACAAAAACCAUGGCGAGAAUAUGCAUAGCAACAACAGCAACAAAAACUCAAGAACAUAACAGUAACAGUAACAACGCACAACUGGCAGCGCCAUUAAUAUGCUUCAACAGCAACAGCUGCAAUGGCAUUGCCAACACCAACAGCAGGCGCAGCAGCAGCUUUGGCAGCAAUUUAGUACCCACCUUCAACCAGCAGCAUCACAACCAACACCACCACCACCAACAAUGCCUCGCCCCAGGCCAGCUGACGCUUAAAAUGCCACCGUACAUGCCGCCGAUUUUUAAAACAACGACUAUUCAAAUAGCUUCGCAGCGAAUACGCAGCAUAGAUGUAGUUGAAGUGGAAGAGCAGCUACACCACCAGCAGCAGCAGCAGCAGCAAAACCAACUGAAAAGUGUUCAAAAUCAUUGCUUUGCACAUCAACACCAGCAACUUCAGUGCCAGCCACUUUCGCUGUCCCCGCCACCUCGAUUCGCGUCAAGCCACCGCCCACUCCAGCUACUACCAGCCGCCACAACGGCAUCUUGGCCAACUCUGAUAUGGCGUACAUUGUCUUCUCGCUUAAAUUUCCAUUUCGGCAUUGCCGUCAUUGUGUUGGCCUCGAUUUUAAUGUAUUCAUGCCCAUGCGCGUCAGCAUUACGUCUCACAAAUGGUAACACUAAAACUUUAUCCGCUAAUAAGGAGCAAUUAAAUAUUGGCCUAAUUGCACCGCACACAAACUUUGGCAAACGUGAAUAUUUACGCGCCAUUAACACCGCCGUACAGGGGCUGGCAAAGACACGCGGUGCCAAGCUGACAUUCCUGAAGGACUAUUCAUUUGAGCCUCGCAACAUACAUUUCGACAUGAUGUCGCUGACGCCGAGUCCGACAGCCAUUUUGAGCACACUCUGCAAGGAGUUCCUGCAAGCGAACGUCUCCGCCAUACUAUAUAUGAUGAAUAAUGAACAAUUCGGUCAUAGCACUGCCUCCGCUCAGUAUUUCCUACAACUGGCCGGCUAUCUUGGCAUACCGGUAAUCUCAUGGAAUGCUGACAAUUCUGGUUUGGAGAGACGCGCCUCUCAAUCGACACUUCAGCUUCAGUUAGCUCCAAGUAUAGAACAUCAAAGUGCUGCUAUGUUGAGCAUUCUUGAGCGUUAUAAAUGGCAUCAGUUUUCGGUUGUCACCUCUCAGAUAGCCGGACACGAUGAUUUUGUACAGGCUGUACGGGAGCGUGUCGCCGAAAUGCAAGACCAUUUCAAAUUCACGAUACUCAAUUCGAUUGUUGUAACGCGCACCAGCGACUUGAUGGAAUUAGUGAAUAGCGAGGCUAGAGUGAUGCUCCUCUAUGCCACACAAGGCGAAGCGGUUACUAUUCUUAGAGCUGCUGAAGAAAUGAAGUUAACUGGCGAAAAUUAUGUGUGGGUCGUUAGUCAAUCGGUUAUCGAGAAGAAGGAUGCACAUUCACAAUUUCCCAUUGGCAUGUUGGGUGUACACUUCGAUACGAGUAGUGCUGCGCUAAUGAAUGAAAUAUCGAAUGCAAUCAAAAUUUAUGCCUUCGGUGUGGAAUCCUACCUUACAGAUCCGGCAAAUCGGGGGCGACGCCUUACAACGCAAUCACUUUCGUGUGAGGAUGAGGGACGCGGACGCUGGGAUAACGGUGAAACUUUCUUCCGUUAUUUGCGCAACGUGUCCAUCGAAGGCGAUCUGAAUAAGCCGAAUAUAGAGUUCACUGCCGACGGCGAUCUUAAAUCUGCUGAACUGAAAAUCAUGAACUUGCGUCCUGGAGCAAACAAUAAAAAUCUCGUUUGGGAAGAGAUUGGCGUCUGGAAAUCAUGGGAGACGCAAAAGCUCGAUAUCCGUGACAUCGCGUGGCCGGGUAACUCGCAUGCUCCACCACAGGGUGUACCCGAAAAAUUCCAUUUAAAGAUAACAUUCCUCGAAGAAGCACCCUAUAUCAAUCUGUCGCCCGCCGACCCAAUCAGUGGCAAAUGUCUAAUGGAUCGCGGCGUCCUUUGUCGGGUCGCGGCCGAUCAUGAGAUGGCCGCUGACAUCGAUGUGGGGCAAGCGCAUCGUAACGAAUCGUUUUACCAGUGUUGUAGUGGCUUCUGCAUCGAUCUGCUGGAAAAAUUUGCCGAAGAAUUGGGUUUCACAUACGAAUUGGUUCGGGUCGAAGAUGGUAAAUGGGGUACACUUGAGAAUGGUAAAUGGAAUGGGCUGAUUGCAGAUUUAGUAAAUCGUAAAACCGACAUGGUAUUGACAUCGCUGAUGAUCAAUACCGAACGCGAAGCUGUGGUGGACUUUAGUGAGCCCUUCAUGGAGACGGGCAUUGCGAUAGUGGUGGCGAAGCGUACAGGUAUUAUAUCGCCGACAGCCUUUCUGGAACCAUUCGAUACGGCCUCAUGGAUGUUGGUCGGCAUUGUGGCGAUACAUGCGGCCACUUUCAUGAUCUUCCUUUUCGAGUGGCUUUCACCCAGUGGCUAUAACAUGAAACUCUAUUUACAAAAUACAAGUGUGACGCCUUAUCGGUUCUCGCUUUGUCGCACCUAUUGGCUCGUGUGGGCGGUGUUGUUUCAAGCUGCCGUACAUGUGGACUCACCGCGCGGUUUCACCUCACGCUUCAUGACGAACGUGUGGGCUCUAUUCGCUGUGGUCUUCUUGGCCAUCUACACUGCUAACUUGGCUGCCUUCAUGAUAACUCGAGAGGAAUUCCAUGAAUUCAGCGGACUUAACGACAGUCGUUUGGUGCACCCCUACUCGCAUAAACCCUCAUUUAAGUUUGGCACUAUACCCUACAGUCAUACUGACUCGACUAUACACAAAUAUUUUAAGGAUAUGCAUCUCUACAUGAGACAAUACAAUAAAACUAGCGUCGCUGAGGGCGUUGCUGCCGUACUCAAUGGUAAUCUCGAUUCGUUCAUCUACGAUGGCACAGUUCUUGAUUAUUUGGUGGCACAAGAUGAGGACUGUCGUCUAAUGACAGUUGGCAGCUGGUAUGCCAUGACAGGUUAUGGUCUCGCCUUUAGUCGCAAUUCAAAAUACGUCCAAAUGUUCAAUAAACGUCUGCUAGAGUUUCGUGCCAAUGGUGAUCUGGAGCGAUUACGUCGUUACUGGAUGACGGGCACAUGUCGACCUGGCAAACAGGAGCACAAAUCUUCAGAUCCACUUGCGCUGGAACAAUUUUUAUCCGCUUUCCUACUGCUCAUGGCUGGUAUUUUAUUUGCCGCGCUGCUACUGCUGCUCGAACAUGUCUACUUCAAAUAUGUACGAAAACGUUUGGCCAAAAAGGAUGGCUGUCACUGUUGUGCGUUGCUCUCAUUGUCGAUGGGUAAAGCGUUGACAUUCCGUGGUGCGGUUUUCGAAGCGACGGAAAUACUUAAAAAGCAUCGUUGUAAUGAUCCCAUUUGUGAUACACAUCUGUGGAAGGUUAAACAUGAGUUGGAUAUGUCACGGUUGCGUGUGCGGCAAUUGGAGAAGGCACUGGAUCAACAUGGCAUCAAGCCACCGCAAUUGAGACUGGCAUCAUCAUCGGAUUUACUAAAUCAUCAUCAUUUGAAAGAGCGUCCACCGCUGCUGGGUAACCUGAGCUUGGCUGCGAGCGCACAAGAUUUAUACAGGUGGUCCUACAAAACGGAAAUUGCGGAAAUGGAGACUGUGCUGUAAAAGCCCACAGCACAAUCAUCAACCACCGCCUGUUAGUACCAUCAACAGCAUCGCCACCGCCAAUAAAGCAACACUGCAUCCAUCACGCCGAACACACUGCAUUUGGAUGAAGCAAAGUAUGCAAAACGGAUGAAUGAUGGUGCCGCCUUCCAACCGAUAUCGGCACAAAGCGGAAGUAAUCGAUUUCAGUUGGAUAUGAGCACAAUAUGCUAAUAUUAUGUUGUAUAAGGUAGGAAUUCUACUGUGUA